AUGGGCCUCCCCCGUUGGCGCGACGUCUCGCCCGACGCAAAAGAGGUCACGUCCAACAAGGUCGAUCGCACGGCCCCAGCGCGCUCGCCUAUCCGUCGCCGCAACGCAACGCGUCAACCUCGCAUCCACCGCGAUCGCGCCCCCCAGGUCCAAGCCCUCGAGAACUUCAUCGCUGGCCGCCUUCGCCAGGCCGAGUCCUCCAGGCGCUUCAGACUGGACGCGUCCCAUGUCGACGUGUCCGCCGCCGCGCCUCCUCCCCCGCCACCCGUCCCCGAAUCCACCCACUACGCGGCUCAGGGCAGCGACUCUGCGCGCGAGAACCAGCUCAGGCAAGCCCAGGCAUUCCUGCAGAGACCUUUGGCCACCACCACCACCGCUGCAUACACUCCCAACUUUGCGCCUGCUGCUGCUGCUGCUGCGCGCAAUCCAGCCCGCGACGGCUUGGACGACGCGCUCAACUGGAGCCCCCUUGACGCCGACAUCCCCGACGUCGACCAUGUCGACCCCGAGGAAGGCCAUGUCGACCACGGCCGCGAUGUCGCCAGCAUGCCCCCCCUCCGCCGGAUGGGCCGCCGCAGGAUUGCCCAUCCUCCGCUACCGUCCAGCUCGCUGCGGGAGUCGUGGAGCCCGGCGACGAGCGUGGAUGGUCUGGGUGACCGCGAGCGCAGCGUCAGCCCAGUCGCCGACCACUGGGAUACCUUCUUGAGCACCGUUGCCCCCGAUCCACUUGCGCCGAGCGCAGACUCCUCCUUCACCUCCGCGGCCGCUUCUGCCUCCUUCUCCAACUCCAACCCCAGCUCGCGCGCCGGGAGUUCCAACUCCGCUUCGUCUUCGCGGACCCACCUCACGGUGCCGUCGCAGCGACAGUCUCCCCCGGACGAGCCCAUGCGUGUCUGCGAUACCGACGACAGCAGCUCCGGGUCCGACUUCGACGAGGAAGAGUUUGACACAGUAUCCUUUGUGCCGGACGAGGACCGGUCCGGCUCGACAUACCGCCAGGUGGCUGAUGAAGCGGCCACGUUGGAGAGAUCGCAGCAGAGGCUCCGGCAGCUCCAGCGAGAGAUUAGAUUUGGGUACCGACGACUCAGGAGGAACAACCAACAACGAGAGUCGGUUGAACAACAACGGAGAGAAAGGGAGAGAUCGGCGAGGAGGCUUCGUCCCCAUCACCGCGCCGUGACUCAACGCCAGCUGGACGAACGCACGGGCGAGGUAUCGCGCCACCUGGACGGGGCGGAGCAAACCCUCUCAGAUGAGAGUCACGAGUUCAUUCGUCGUAGGGUAGCUGACUACGUCCCCGAUAUGCGUGUGGUCAAUGAGGCGGAGGGGAAUGAAGCGGAUGCCCGCAGCAACGAGCAGGGCGUGACUCCGUGGGCGGAGGUGCAAACCAACCUGCGUGAUCUGCGGGCGAAUAUCCAGGAGAGCGUUGGACAUUCGGCUUUGGCCGCAAGUCAACGGGUCUGAAAAGCAUGCCUUUCUCGUGGGAGAAGAGGGGGCGUUUAUCCAUGUUUCACCAUGGCUUCAUAUAUCUGUUCGUUUUCUUCUCCGCCCGAUGUUCCUUUGAGCAAGUGGUCAUCUGGACGGCUUCGAUUAUGGAUCCUGGGUAUCCUAUCUUCACCUUGCAUGCGGAUGAUGACACCGUCUGAAGCAGAAGAAGAGGAAGAUUGACUUUCCUUGGUGGGGUUUAUGUAUUGUAUGAUUUUCUCCCUUUGGCUAUGCGGGUAUCUCUCGGGAUCCGUCCUACAGAUUCCACCCAUGGACAAGGAAAUGGAGCGGGAACAAGUCAAUGAAUGGAAAAGUUGGAUGCGCCGAGCGCGCGCCGAGCAUGACU